AUGCUAAAACGACGUAUGGCGAUAUCACCAAAGGCUCGGGUCACCCCAUCUCCCCCAUUUGCUAGAUCUGGUGUAGACUAUUGCGGUCUAUUCAACACGCGAAUUAGCUCCAAGGCUGUACGAACGUUACGGAAGGCUUACGUGGCAAUCUUUGUGUGCAUGAUAACCAAGGCAGUUUAUAUCGAACUGGCUGAAGAUCUCGCUUCUGAGGCAUUCAUAAAUGCAUACACCCGUUUCGUAAACCGGCGUGGUCCAUGUAACCAUUUAUACAGUGACAAUGGCACUACAUUUAUUGGCGCAGAUUGCUUAAUGGCCGCUGACUUACAGGCUUGGCAUAAUAAAUAUUCUCAACAGCAAUUGUCAAAUUGA